AUGGCUUCUCACGAUCAUCAUCAUGAACACAACCAUGACCAUCAGCACGACCAUACCCACACUCACGGGGAAACGGGCAACGCAAGUUCAUGGGUAGGCGCCGACGGGAAGGUUUACCACAGCCACGAUGGACUGGCACCCCAUUCCCACGAACCCAUUUACUCCCCAGGCUACUUCACCAGGAGAGCUCCCCCAAUCCUCACCAGGGAUUUUAAUGACCGAGCUUUCACCAUCGGUAUUGGCGGCCCUGUGGGUACUGGGAAAACAGCUCUGAUGUUGGCCAUUUGCAAGGUCUUGAGGGAAAAAUACAGUCUUGCUGCGGUUACGAAUGAUAUAUUCACUAAAGAGGAUGGUGAGUUCUUGAUCAAGAACGGAGCUCUCCCCGAGGAGAGGAUUCGAGCUGUGGAAACCGGAGGCUGUCCUCACGCCGCCAUUCGUGAGGACAUCAGCAUCAAUCUCGGCCCUCUGGAGGAGCUCUCCAAGCUCUUCAAAGCUGACUUGCUGCUUUGUGAAUCUGGUGGAGACAAUUUAGCAGCCAACUUCAGUAGGGAGCUUGCGGACUAUAUCAUAUACAUUAUCGAUGUAUCUGGCGGCGACAAGAUCCCUAGGAAAGGAGGCCCAGGGAUCACCCAAGCUGAUCUCUUAGUAAUAAAUAAGACUGACCUUGCAGCAGCAGUUGGAGCUGACUUAGCAGUCAUGGAACGGGAUGCUAUGAGAAUGCGUGAUGGGGGUCCCUUUGUAUUCGCUCAGGUGAAGCAUGGUCUGGGUGUUGAAGAAAUUGUCAACCAUAUCUUACAAGCCUGGGAAGCUGCUACCGGCAACAACCGCCAUUGA